AUGGGUCCCAGAAGACCUAGUUCGGCGACAGAUGUCGACUCACGCAUGCCGUUCGCAUCGGCGGAGGCACUGCUAUGGGGACCAGAGAUGAAACAACAGCACGCCCACCUGCUCACGGAGAUGCGAACACUUCAGAAGCAUCAUGAAGAAUACGAAGCCCGCAUCAGAUCUACCGAACACGUUGCAGAGGCUGCCGAAGCUGCUACGUCGAGGGUCCGACACCUGGAGCAACAACUCGCAGCGAUCGAAGCCGAAGAUGACGACAAGGCUUUCGAGAAGUGGGCAGCAGGUGAGAUGACACGCCUCGGCAUCUUCGUCGACACGAACAAGCACGUCAGGCAGAAGCAGAUCGAGCUGGAUAAUGUUGUGUCUCAUGCUGUGGACGAUCUCGACAAGCUCAAACAGGUCCCCAGGGAACUGAAGGGUGUUCUUCGACGUCUUGAUCUUCUCGAAGCUGGUCGUAAUCAAGACGCGCGUCGGAUCGAGAGUCUAGAAGAAGAAGUCACCCGGCUCAAAUCUACGCCACAGGAUCCCAAGUCCAAGUCCAACACCGCUGGCCCACAAACCGUUUACAAGCCUCAGCAUGGCAUGCUGAGAUCCAUGACACCGUCUCAAUUACCCAACGCCGGAACUUCAGAAAUAACAAGUGACACGGACGAUGAAGACCUGAUACUCAUGCCUGGGUUUGCACGUGAAGAAAUCCAAGUACCCCGGAGUCCAGAGAUGAAAGAAAGCGUAGGGGAACAGUCGAUACGUCUACUUCAGCUCUACCUCCAGGUCAUCCAGUGA